AAUUCGAACAGUGAAAGUUGCAGCUGUACGGUUAUCCACAUCAAAAUCAGAUGAUGGCAGAUAUCACGACAUUAUGCCUGAUCCUUGGAAUAGCAAGUUUUUUAUCUAUUGACGUUUUCGGAUUUGAAAAGCGGUGUUUUCGCAACGAUUCCGACCCUAUUGGCGUGUUUACGUUGGUUUUGCGUCAGAACUACACCGCUGACUUCACCGAGCAAAUAUUGGCGUUGAAUGCAUUGAAUGGACCAUCCUCUUGUAAAAGCAAUGUUGUGGUGUUACCGACGACAGAUGUUAACGAGUUGAUCAUCAAAUACAACAUAUCAGCUCCAUUGCAAAUAUAUCCUUCUGACACCUGCCAUGUCCAGUAUACAUCGCCGGACAUCUUCACGGUGUAUGUUGCAGUACAGCAGGAUCCGGCUUUCAUCCAAGUCUCCGAUAAAUUUUAUUCAGCGACAUGUAACACAAGCGAUGUUGAUCCAGGAUUCAUAGAACUGGGCCCUUUGGACAUCACCAACAACAAAGAGUUUGAAUCAGCAAAAAAUCGAACCAGUAAUGUGACUAUGGAGCUUAUCGACGCGGUCACUGGUAUUGUGACUACGGCACCGAUACUUGGACAACUCGUGUGCAUCCGGAUAACCUAUUACUUUGAUGACAACGCCUUGGCCUCCGAAUAUCCCAGAGGCCUGCACAACUUUGACCUGACUGUAGGACCAGAUAGUGGAAGUCCUCUUACGACGACACUUGUAUUAGAUAAUGGAUGUCUUCCUGGACUGAGCAACAUUUUCGGACUAAAUGGAACGUUUAUUCACAACUCAGCCAUUAGUGGAGUAGGCUUCAACGUGUUCGAGACAGGUUAUUUUAUAAUUGUAAUGUUCCAAUCUUCCAACCAGCUUCACAUCACAUUGAGAUACUCUGCUGAAUGCUAUGAUGAGAGCGAAAACAAAUGUUUCAAUCAGAGGGCGUAUUGCACAAGCCUUAGUGGUCGAAAAAGAAGGGCCAUCGACAGAGUAGUGAAUGGAUCAAAUUCGAUCAUUGUCAACAUUGGUUUGCCAGGACAAUCAACAACUGCACAGAAUGUUGGUCCGGUCAACAACAUCAAUGCACAUGAAUGUGUCGCCGACAACACCUACUGGAUCCUCGCUGUCGUUCUUGGUAUCGCCCUGCUGAUUGUUACCAUGGUAACAAUGUACAUCUUCUGUCGCGUGCGCUCUCAGCAACAGGAUGUCGACAGGAUCAGUGAGAAAUCCGGAUUCAAAAAUCCAGCCUUCUAAGAACUUUAUCUAACAUCUGUUUCCACUGCUCAUACAAACAGUUUGUUGUUAUUUGUUUUAUGUAAUCAGGAAAUAUAUUUGCACUAAAACCGUAUUCCAUAACGUUCUGAAAUGUUCAUGUUCUUUACUCGUUAUGUAUCACAAUAAGUUAUAUUGUUCACAGUUUUAUCUAAACAAAUCGCCUCUUAAAUUCUUGAAUUCAGUGAAUCCUUCUGUUUGAAAUGCAUAUGGUUUGAACAAAAAAACUUGUUUUAUACAAAUAUGUUUCUUUAGCAAAAAAGUGUUUUUUUAGUUCAUGCUAAAUUUUCAAUGUUGCACACAUAUUAAUCAGAAUUUUUUUUAACUUUGUAUUGAUGUAUGAAUGUUGUUCUGAUUGGGUCGCUACAAUUAAUAAGUUAUACAUCCUUUCCAUUUUUUAUCAUAAACACUUAAACAAUAAACGAAAAAGGCCAUAUAUUUAGAUCACGAUCCCUGCAAUAAGGGACAUGAUUUAGAAAGUAAAUUGUGUUUCGAGUUCAUUUACUAAACCUGUUUAUUGUAAAGUUAAAUUUUAAGUAAACAUAUUUUUGCUUAUUGUUUUUAUCUACAUCACAGUGAGAAUUUAUUUUGAUAAAAUACUUGUCAUAGUGCUUUCAUGUGUACACUUCGCUUUAAUUAUUAAAAAAUGGUUGCUUGUAUUUGCUUUAUAUUUCUUAACAUAACUUGUUCCUUUUUGUGUUAGCUUGCAACUAAUUUCAACCGUAGUCAGUUGCGAAAAUAAAUGUUCUUAAGUUUUAUACAUGACUAAAGUUCAUUAAAAAAACCCACUGUUUUUCGAUGUCAUGUACGUUCGGUCAAUUAAUAAAACAUGCAA